UUUGUGUCUGGACUGUUUACGCCAGGUGGGAACCUGCAUUCAGAUACGCGCAGCGGGCGCGUGCGGUUCCGUCGUUGGUACCUGCCACGAUCCCGUGAUUUGGAUUCUGUUCAAACAAAGACGCACGCGGUGGAUUGAAACAUGUCCCCAGCCGCUGCCUUCCACGCGCAGCUGGCCUCCAUCAUGGAGGUGCUGGCCAACACGGCGGUGGCGGAGAUCUGUGAGCUCGUGGACAGCGGAUACUCGGUGCUGCAGCUGGAGAUCUCGCGGAGCCGCAAAGAGAACGAGGUGCUGCGGAGGAAACUGCGGCUCAUGGAGCUCCGCGCCGCCCGCGCGACCGCCCUGAGAGCCGCGGCCACCGCCAGCGGCACCGCGCUGCUGCACGCGAGCGGCCGGGCUCGAGCUCAGCUGUCCGCUCAUCAGUCGGGCAACGACCCGCGGAGGAACCGGACACCAGGAGGUGAGGUGGUGCUGUCCAGAGUGUCCCCCCAGGACCUGCCACCGUGUGGAGACCCCAAGCCGCCCUCUGACUCUGGACAGGACACCACACAGCCGGCGGCAGGUGAGUCGGCCAACCUGACGACCGCCGUGAUCAAAGUGGAGGACGACGAUGAGUCCUGGUCCCAGUCUGAGCAGGACAAGACAGAAGCUCCGCCCCCACUGGCCAAACAGGAAACGGCCGACGAAGGUGGCGACUCAUCCCGGCCCUGGACGAGCGGGGAAGUCAGUUCCACCUCCGCGUCCUUCCAGAAAACCCUGAACGCCAGUCAGCGGGCAGAAACCAGCAGCUAUGAAUGUCUGGUGUAUGAGACGCAGCUCCAGCACGGUUCCCACGGUACCCAGAAUCCUCUGAGUGAGGAUCCCGGCUGCUCGUAUGUGCUGAGCGUCUCAGCUGAUUCAGGCAGCAGCAGCAGCAGCAGCUUCCCCUUCAGCGUCGGUGAGGUGAGUCUGUCUGCAGCAGAGCACCAGCAGCCCGCAGUGUUCACGGACAACCAGCAGAGGGCGCCGUUACCCACAGACGAGCCUCAGCUUCCUGUGAGGAAAGAGGGGACGGAGAGACAAAACGCCUUCAUCAGGAGGGACGGGUGGAGACAUCAGGAUGGAGUCAACAGAGCCGCCAGCCACAGCAGAGAGGACGGCGGGGGGAAGGCGUUUGUCUGUAACUGCUGCGGGAAAACCCUGGCCUGCCUGAAGAACCUGAAGACCCACAUGAGGGUCCACACAGGUGAGAAGCCGUUUGUCUGCGCGCUCUGCGGCAAACGCUUCUCCGACUCCAGCAACCUGAAGCGCCACCAGAGCGUGCACACCGGAGAGAAGCGCUACGGCUGCGUCCACUGCGGGAAACGCUUCGCCCAGUCCGGGUCCCUGAAGGUCCACAUGACCGUCCACACAGACUGCAAACAGUUCAGGUGUUCGUACUGCGGCAAGACGUUUAUCUCAGGCAGCCACCUGCGGCGACACGUCACUGUCCACGGGGGAGAGAAACGAUUCACGCCCACAGUACAGUGACAGAGGUCAGGGGUCAGAAUGGACUUCCGACCCAGCAGCCCAGCAGAGUCCAGCUGCUGACCGUCCAGCUGCAUCAGAGUGAUUCAGUGUUUCCCCGGGACAGUGAAGAGGUCGCCUCAGGUUUAACAGGUGGACAAACCUGCUGAGGACUCAACACAGCAAAGACACGAAGGUGAAGAAUGGUUCCAGCUUCUGAACUCUGACUUUUUGCAGGUUUUACUCUGAAAAUCUUUGUUUGUUUUUUAACUGUUAGAGCAAAAUAUCUGAAGACAUCACUUUGGACUUCAGGAAACAGGGACAGAAAUUUUCAGUUGUUUGAACAACAGAAAAAAAAACAAGAAAUAUUGAGUUUUCGAUGAUGUAAGAUAAGGAAAAGCAGAAUCUCCUCACAUCUGAAAACCAGGAACCAACAAAUGUCAUUUUUCUUGAAGAAACAAUUUACAUGAUUAAUUGAUUAAUUGAUCACUAUCUGAAACGACAGGAUGUGAUUUAUCAAUGGUUUGCAGAUAUAAACCAAUCCAACAUGGUCCUGAGAUGUUUAACAACAUAAAACUGAACAAUAAAAUCCUGAAGACCACGAAUCAGAAAAGAAAAACACUUAAGUCCAACAGUUUGAUGGCUGAAGUAAAAUCCUAAACCUCCCUCCCUCCCUGAAACCCUCCCUCCCUCUCUGCCUCCCUCCCUCCCUCCCUGCCUCCUUCUCUUGUGCUGCUUUUUCCCCUAAAUCUGUUUUAGAGAAAACAAACAGACACAAACCAACAGUGUUUAGUUGUUGUUUUGUUGAGCAAACAUUUCUGAGGUUGUUGUUAUUUUGAGUAAAUGUCCUGUAAAGUGUGUUUAGGUCACAUCCUCUUGCUAACGCAGCUUUUCAUUCGUUGUCGUGUUUUUUCCGGAUUUUGUUCUGUAAACUUUAUUGUUCUGGGAUUACAUUAUCGUCACUGCCUGGUGAAAGAAAGUGUGUCUGAUUUGAAAUUUAAAGUGUUUUUUAAAGUUUUGUCUGAAACCUAAAAAUAUUCAGUUACCAUCGUCUGCAGCAAAGAAAUGCAUCAGCUCUCUAACCCUCACACUGCGUCAGUGUGGAUGAAGAUAAAUCUGCAUGUUAGUCUGACUGUUUACUGUUCUUAUGAGUCUGAGUUUUACUGUGGGCUGAAUAAACAGCACAACUUUCAUGUUUACAUUUUGUGAUACUGUUUUUUGUGAUCAUGUCUUUUUGUAAUAAAACAGCUGCUGUCUUCUGAUGGUGUCUG